AUGAUUGACAACGAACAACGACAGCUGAAAGAAUCUUUGACUAGAAACGCUUAUCCCGAUGCAUUUAUCGAAAGGCACAGCAAGCCUAAAGUGAUCAGACAAAUGAAUUGUUCAGCAGAAAAACUACUAGUCACCAUUUGUCUUCCAUUCAAACGUGAUGACAUCAAUUGCUUGCUCAAACGACCACUUGGAUCAGCGCUUGCCCGAACAUAUUAUGCAGCUGACCUCAGAAUUGUUCAUCGAACGAUUGAGAUCCCCACACCGUCGGUGAAACAACGUCCACCUCUGUACACCAAAUCGAAUCUGAUUUACCAAUUUCAGUUUAGUUGCGGAGCAACCUACGUGGGUCGAACAGAGCGGCAGUUACGUAACCGAGUGAUUGAAUAUAUUCCAAAUUGGGUACAACGUUUUGUGAUGCAAUCAGGAUCAGAUCAAAGGCAUAAUGACAACGUUCGAAACCAUAAGAUCCCGUCGUCGGCCCUCGCUCGUCAUCUUCUGAUGACGCAACAUCCAGCUGACCGAAGCACUGCGUUUCGGGUCAUUUACGUGGCCUAG